GCGGCGGUGGCGCUCGGGAGUCGCUGCGCCGGGGCUGCCCGCGCACAGCGCCCCGCGCGGGGCUGGGGCUGUCAGGCUGCUCGAGGCGGUGUCGCCGUCGCCGUCGCCCCGUCCGCGUCGUGCAACACUGAACUGCAAGUCAAUCAAUACAGUAAUUUAAGUCACUUCAACUCAAAUGGAGACGUAUGAAAAAUUAGCUAAAAUUGGAGAGGGGUCGUAUGGGGUUGUAUUCAAAUGCAGAAACAAAACCUCUGGACAAGUGGUAGCUAUUAAAAAAUUUGUGGAAUCUGAAGAUGACCCCGUGGUUAAGAAAAUAGCUCUAAGAGAAAUCCGCAUGUUGAAGCAAUUAAAACACCCAAAUCUUGUGAAUCUCAUUGAGGUAUUCAGGAGAAAAAGGAAAAUGCAUUUGGUUUUCGAAUACUGUGAUCACACACUUUUACAUGAGCUGGAAAGAAAUCCAAACGGAGUUGCUGAUGGAGUGAUCAAAAGUGUGUUAUGGCAAACACUUCAAGCUCUUAAUUUCUGUCACAGACAUAAUUGUAUUCAUAGAGAUGUAAAACCUGAAAAUAUUCUAAUAACUAAGCAAGGAAUAAUCAAGAUCUGUGACUUUGGGUUUGCACGAAUUCUGAUUCCAGGAGAUGCCUACACUGAUUAUGUCGCUACGAGAUGGUACCGAGCUCCUGAACUUCUUGUGGGAGACACCCAAUAUGGUUCUUCAGUCGACGUAUGGGCCACCGGUUGCGUUUUUGCAGAACUCCUGACCGGCCAGCCACUCUGGCCUGGAAAAUCAGAUGUGGACCAACUUUAUCUGAUAAUCAGAACACUGGGAAAACUAAUCUCAAGACAUCAAUCUAUCUUUAAAAGUAACCAAUUUUUCCAUGGCAUCAGUAUUCCUGAACCAGAGGACAUGGAAACCCUUGAAGAAAAGUUCUCAGAUGUUCAUCCUGUGGCUUUGAAUUUCAUGAAGGACUGUCUGAGGAUGAAUCCAGAUGACAGAUUAACCUGUGCCGAACUCCUGGAGAGCCCCUACUUUGACUCUUUUCGAGAGGACCAAAUUAAAAGAAAAGCACGUAAUGAAGGAAGAAACAGAAGACGUCAGCAGAAUCAACUGUUGCCUCUCAUACCAGGAAGCCACAUCUCCCCCACACCUGAUGGAAGAAAACAAGUCCUCCAGUUAAAAUUUGAUCAUCUUCCAAACAUUUAGUUCUUUCAAGUGGAAAGUAAUUGAAUAUGUACACAUUUUUGUACCAGAGAGAUAGGGAUUCUCAGUGUUUCAAAUGCAAAUGAGCCACAUGAAAAUUAAGAUGCUUUCUAGAAUUGUUUUGCUCUGAUCAUCGCUGAUUCCUCUGCCCGUGCUUUUUACAUGCCAACUUUAUCUUUUAGCGCAUUUUCUCUAAAUGUUAUGAAGUUUGAAACUGCGCAUAUGGAGGAGGCAUUUUCAAUUUCAUCAGAGCAGCCCCUCUUGGAGCAAUGUGUAUUGAGAAUUUGUGAGCUUAUACUUUGAUUUGGGGAAAAGAUUUAUAUGUAUCGUCUUGCUUCAGUUGACCACAUAAUGUCUUAGAGCAAUACCAAAUAGCUCGCCUAGCUGUUGUUUGUGUAA